AUGUUGUCUUUUGUUUGCAAUACUGGCGACGACCUGUCGAUCACUGUUUCGUUGGCCCAGGUAUCCAGAGGUCACACCGGAAAGCCAAGUCGGAUGAAAAAUCCAUAUGCUGAACGUGUCCCGGGCUCUCUGCCCAUGCCUCCUCUCCCACUAGAUGGCCCUAACACUAAAGGUUGGUCCGAGCUCAGAAGCCCACUGCCGUCGUGUUGGCGCAUCCCCCCCCGCCCAUCCCCACGAAGUCCCCUCUCCGCGGGGAUCUGGGCACUUAGAGAAAGGCAGACGGUUUCUUUGGGGCAUCGCAGUAAAAGAGCAGAAGGAAGCAAAGGGAAGCCGCUGCUAUGGAGCCCCUUCAUCCAGCGGCCGCUGCACAAGAGGAAAGGGGGGCAGGUCCGCUUCUCCAACGACCAGACCAUCGAGCUGGAGAAGAAGUUCGAGACGCAGAAAUACCUGUCCCCGCCGGAGAGGAAGCGCUUGGCCAAGAUGCUGCAGCUCAGCGAGAGGCAGGUCAAAACGUGGUUUCAAAAUCGCAGAGCCAAAUGGAGGCGCUUAAAGCAGGAGAAUCCCCAGGCCACCAAAAAAGAAGAAGUGGAAGGUGCUGACAGUCACGGUGACCAAAGACCAGAGAGCUGCCAGACUCCUGAGCAGAAGGGUAAGGAGGUCUCUCUGGAUGGCUCGCAGUACACCCCCUCGUCGGCCUCCCAGGAGGACCUGGAGUCAGAUGUCUCUGAUGACUCUGAUCAAGAAGUGGACAUUGAAGGCGAUAAAGGCUAUUACAAUCCUACCCAUUAACAGCCCCAUGCAGAGAGUGGACCCUAACUUGGCUUGCACUUUACCAGGGGCUGGUUUGAAAGAAUAUUAUGCUACAGGAGAAAACUUUCACCGUUAAACUGAAAGAAAAGCAUCACCAAAUAGACUCGUUUUAUAAUAAGCAGAGAAAGAAAGAUGUAUUUUCCACAAACAAUCCAGUUUUGGAAGAUCUCUAGUUUGGUUAAAGGAACAUGGUUUGUAUUUAAUUAUUUGUAAAAUAUAUUUGUACAAUAAUCAAUGUUCUAACUGGAAUAUAAUCCUGCACCCAGUCCUUAAGGUGGCGGGGGUCGGGGUGUGUCUGAAUCAGCUGCUGGUGGUGAUCAGGCAAAACUCUCUAGUGUGAAAGUGAGUAUGGAUUGCAGGACUAAGCCCUUUGUAUGUGUAAACAAAUGUCAUUUAAAUAGAUUAAUUUAAACGCCCUUCGCAAGCAGAGAAACAUGUUCUGUGAAAUAGGGAGGGAUUUGGCCAUCCCAAGAAGUGCCUUAUGCUCACACCCUUUUAUAUGCCGUGGUGCUCUCUACUGAGACAUGCCUCCAUUUGUCAGGUAGAGUCUUUGGACAGAUUCAUUUUUCCUCUCGUGUGAGAUGAAAUGUGCCUUCUCAGAUUUUUGAGAACUUUGCCUCACAGACUGAAUGGUUCCAAUUGCAGAAAAAAGCCCCACCCAAACAAACAUCUUUUUCUCCUUUAAAAUCUCUAGCACUAGUUUUUUAUGGAUUUCGUAUUUGAGAAGAAAGUGCAGGGAGUGAUGGGGCCCUGCUGCAGGAGAGAAACUGGCAUCAGGUGUGGGGGUUAAGUGGGAAGAUAAUGCCUAUCAUAUACAUAUCUGCUUCUGUACAUACUUGUUUUCUUUAAAAGUCUUACGGUUUUGUACCUCACGUUGUUCAUAUUUUGUACAUAUUUGUUCAUUGUUAAAAAAAAGGCAAAACCUGAUAUUUAAUUUUUGAUGGUCAUGUCUGUGAAAUAAACCUAAACUCUGCACCA